AAACCUUAUCUCUGGUUACUUUUGUCUACCUUUGCCAACAAGAACACACCGGGAACAUGAGGACACUUGUUGUAUCUGCGCUAUUCGUUGGCUGGUCAGCUGGUUUCAUUCUGGAUAGUCUGGUCAGUAAGCUGGACCAGAAUGUGUGUUUUGGAGAUUUAGGCUGUUUCAGCACUGCUCCGCCAUUCAGAAGUGUAGAGCGACCAGUCGACCUAUUACCAAAGAGCCCCACAGAGCAACAAAUUAAGUUUUACCUACAUACAAGGGAAUCGCCGUCCACGGCUUCUGAGGAAGAGAUCCAAGUCGGAAGCGGGGUGGGAAGUACUCAUUAUUCCGGAUCCAGAAAAACUAAAUUCCUGGUUCACGGUUUUACCCAUCAUGGACAUCGUCAAUGGCUCCUAAAUCUGGCCACGGCUCUCCUUAACAAAGAGGAUCUGAACGUGAUCAUCGUUGACUGGGGUCACGGCGCUGGGAUCCCGUACGCUCAGGCCACAGCCAAUACCCGGGUCGUGGGGGCCUUGAUCGCCCAGCUGAUCAAGGAGUUGACGCUAGUGGGACCCUCGCUCGCCGACUUCCACAUCAUUGGACACAGUCUGGGAGCCCACAUCGCUGGAUACGCCGGAGAAAGGUUACAUACUUUGGGACAAAUUACAGGUCUCGAUCCAGCCGACCCAUACUUCCAGGGAACAGACGUCCGAGUGAGACUCGAUCCUAGUGACGCAGACUUCGUUGACGUCAUUCACACCGAUGGCUCCAGCAUUUUACAGCUCGGGUUCGGUACCAUGCAACAGAUGGGUCACGUCGAUUUUUAUCCUAACGGAGGUGCCCACCAACCGGGGUGUGACGCCGAUUUUAUGGGGACGCUUUCUCACACCGUCUGGGCUGCUGUCACACAGUUAGACACCCUAGCGGCGGAGGGCGCGGUGGCCUGCAGUCACGAGAGAUCAUACAUCCUGUACACAGACUCUGUGAGCAAUAAUUGUCCAUACACUGCCUACCCCUGUACCAGUGGCUCCGAAUAUACCGCCGGACAUUGCCUGUCAUGUACCGGAACAGGGUGUUCAGAGAUGGGAUAUAAUUCCAAAAACUUCUCCGCCCGGGGAUCUUUUUACCUUGACACUGCAUCGAUCAGUCCAUUUUGCGAGUUCCAUUACCAAGUGAAUAUUACUGGUAGAAAUAACAUGGAUGGAGUCAUAACUCUAGUUCUGCAAGGCACCAACGGCAGAUCUGCCAACAUUCCACUGAUGACGGACAACGAGGUACACACCAAAGGACAUAUUAUCUCAAAGUUCAUCAAAGUUCCUAAUGACAUCGGAACCCUGACCAACAUCGCCUUGGAGUACGACAAGACCUCUAGUGUACUGACGGGGUGGGCGUAUCCUGAUGAUUGGCAGCUAAUGGGCGUGAGCAUUUUCAGCGCCGAAGAACAGAGAAUGUACACAUUUUGUGCCUAUGGGAAAACGCUGACAAGUCACAAGCCAAUAGCCAUGGGACUGACAGGAACCUGCUAACUAUGUGUGAAUCAUGAAUGAAUUUCAACGACAUAUUCAUUGUAUUAAAUCUGAAUAAUGUUAUUUUCCAUAA